AUGAAGCUCCUCAAAAUCGACCCCCUCCGAGCAUUCAUCUUCUUCUGUAUCCUAGUCUUCUACGGUUACAACGCCGGCGAAGGCUACAUCACCUGGAUGAAAGCCAGCGAAUGGAUCUUCACCUACGGCAACCGCGACUACCUCGUCUCGGCCUUUUGUAUCCUCCCUGUCGUCUUGGGUCACACAGCCACGAUUUGGGGUCACUACUUCCGAUCCGAACGUGAAUUCCAGCACGGUAUCCAAAAAGUUACGUCCGCCAAAUCGCCCAAGGAGAAGACAUCGCUUUGGGAGCUUCAUAUCCUUUGGGGAUAUACGGUCAAGUACUGGGUCUUGGUCGGGGCUGUGGUUUUGAUCCAGCUGGGCUGGAUCGCGAUUGUUGUUGCUUCGACUCUUGGAGAGCAGUUGAAGGAGCCUGUUUACACUGCCGAAGCCAUCAUUGGACUUCAAAUCGGGUUUAUCGGUGGUUACAACGCGAUUGCCUGCUGUGGCAUCAUUCUGUUCUUGGUCCUGCGCCGCUCGAUGCUUCAAUCCCUUGGAUUCACCUACUCUGAGGUUCUGCCGCUCCAUCGUUGGUUGGGCGCCUUGAUCUUUUUCUGGUCCUGCCUCCACACUGUCGGCUACAUCAUGUAUUACCACUCCUUCGAUAUGCUGGCUGAAGAGUUUAACUUUUAUGAUAUCGGUCGGUCUACCAUGAACAUCAUGGGAUGUAUAGCCUUAGCAGCGUUGGGGGUUCUCGCGUUCUUCUCGAUCCCAUACGUCCGUCGCCACUACUACGGCUGGUUCAUCGGUCUUCAUCGCUACAUGACCGUCAUCUUCUUUGUCGGCACAAUGGUCCACUACCCAUACAACGCCCUCUGGUAUUACCUCCUGCCCAACGUCAUCCUCUUCUUCGUCGACCGCUUCGUUCCCAAGAUCAUCCAAGCCCGCACUCUUUACCCCGAGGCAUCCAUCACCCUCAACAGCGACGCUGAUAUUGUCAAGAUGACCUUCUCGGGUCCCGAACCCAUGAAGCCCUAUUACCCCGGUGACUAUAUCCUUGUCAGUGUCCCUGAAUUGGGCGGGGUGUACCAUCCGUUUACGAUUGCAAGUUAUUGGGCGGAGGAUCCUUGCUCGAUUACGUUGUUUAUUCGGACGUAUAAUGAGAACAAGGCUAGUUGGACGGGUGGGUUGGGACGGCUUUGUGGGAAGGAGGACAAGCGGAUCCGGGUCAAAGCUGAUGUGGAUGGUUGUUUUGGAGAUCGUCGCCAUGACUACCUCAAGUCCGAUGUCCUUAUUAUGUUCGUUGCGGGAGCUGCUAUUACAACCUUCAUGUCGCUGAUUAAGGCAAUCGCCGCCCAGAUCGCAUCCUCCAACGCACCCCUCCGCAUCCAGCUCCACCUCAUUUGCACCUUCCGCACCCGCAGCGAACUCCACGCCUACGGCUCCUUCCUCCAUCAGAUCACUCGCGACCCUCGCUUCACCUCCUGGCUUCACGUUGAGAUCUAUGUCUCCCGCCCCGAUAAGCCCCAGACCCUUAUGGGAGCCCAUGCCCAUGUCAUCAAGAACGAUAUCCAGGUUCCUGGGCCGUCGAUCAAGAAGGAAAAGAAGAAGCGUUUCCAGUCCCUUAGACGCACGGGAACUGUUCUGAAGAGAGCCUUUUCUGGACGCACUAUUGUUGAAAAGCCCUCUGCUGCCAACGAGAAGAAGGCUGUUGAUGCUGCUGCUCCUGCUAUUAAUCCUUUGAGCUUUUCGUCUGCCGGCGACCAUGUCCGUAACGAGUCGAUUGACACGGUGAUUGACCUGAACGGUCAGGGUGGAAAGACCCCUACCUCGCCUACAAGCCCCGUUACCUUUGCCAUGGACCACAACGUUAUCACUGAAGAUGGCAAACUCGGCCAGGACACCACUGCUGCUGCUGCUGCUGCACGUUCGAUCCCAACACGCUCGAUGACCUACGAAACCAAACGUCUGCCAACCUUCCAAGACGCCAACUCUGCCAGCCUGGCGACCAAAUACGCUCGUCUCGACCUCCACACCACCGUUAUUAUGAUUGUCUUGCCCCUGGGAGUCUGGUACAUCCUCCGCGCGAUUCAUUGGGAGGGCUCUGCACGGUAUUGCGAUGUCAUGCAGGAGAUGACCCAGACACAAAUGAAGAUCUGUUAUGGCACCUACGCGACCAUUCCCGAGUUUGGUCACGUCAUGGCCAUGGCGCUCGUCAGCUAUGUCGUCAUGUGGCUUGCUCGGCGGUCCCUCUUCCGGUCCCUUGAAGCCAGCUCGCUCAAGGACCUCGAAUCCGGCUCUUCUUCCUCUGCUUCCUCCUCCUCUAAUGGCAAGAAGGACAAGAACCUGCCCUACCCUGAGCUGGACCUUGAGGACGAGAAAUUGAGUGUCGAAGACGGAAACUGGGAUGAUGGCGAUGUUGUCUUCUCGAGAGGCCGUGUGAAUGUCAAGCAGGUGAUUGCAAAGUUUAUGGCGGGCGGCGUUGGACGCGUUGGGGGUGAUCCAGGUGAUGUUGCAGUGUUUGGUGCUGGACCCGAGGCGUUUGUUGAGCAUUGCGAGAAACAGGCCAAGGCUGCCAAAUGGGCGGUUGACUUCCAUCGCGAGACCUGGGCUCCCUAG